AAAUAAAUUAAGUAAUAAUAAUUGCUAAUCGUUGCGAUCGUAAAUCCAAGGAUUUUCGUGUUUAUUUAGUCUGCUAUCGCGUUUGAAUUGCGUCGAACGUGUGUGAUAUCAACACAAGUUUACUCAAAUGGCGGUUGCAAUUAAUAAAGGUAUUUACAUAAUAGCGGCUAAGAGGACGCCUUUCGGCCGGUAUGGAGGGGCGCUGAAGGACACACAUCCUGCAGACCUCUUCGCUGCUGCCGCUAGAGAGGCGCUUAAAGCUGGGAAUGUGCAGCCCGCGUUGGUAGACAGUGUCGUGGUUGGACAAGUGAACUCUAUAAGUGGAUCUGGAGAUGGAGCCCUAGCCGCUCGACAUGGGGCCCUCAAGUCUGGUAUUCCGCAAGAGAAACCGACGCUUGGUGUGAAUAGACUAUGCGGCUCUGGUUUCCAAGCCAUUGUCAAUAGCGCUCAAGAUAUUCUUACAGGAGUGGCUCAAAUAUCUCUAGCAGGUGGAACUGAGAACAUGUCAUCUGUCCCAUUCGUGGUUAGGAACGUACGUUUUGGUACUGCUCUGGGAGCACAGAUAGAAUUUGAAGAUGCGCUGACAAGGUCUUCUUUAGACACAUCCUGCAACUUUACAAUGCCACAAACGGCAGAGAAUCUUGCGGAGAAAUAUAAGCUCAAGCGAGGCGAGGUUGACGAAUUCGCGUUGCAGUCUCAGAAGAGGUGGAAAGCAGCUUUUGACAGUGGAGUAUUUAAAGAGGAAAUGGCUCCCGUUUCUGUGAAAGUAAAGAAGCAAGAGGUGCUAGUGGAGAGAGACGAACAUCCCCGUCCGGACACAACGGCGGAAGGGCUGCACAAGCUUCCGGUGCUCUUCAGGAAAGGAGGCGUGGUCACAGCUGGAAACUCCUCGGGUGUAAACGAUGGAGCAGGAGCUCUCUUACUUGCCAACGAAGACGCAAUAAAACAGCAUCAACUCAAACCUUUAGCCAGACUCGUAGGUUGGUCCUACGUUGGAGUAGACCCUAGCAUUAUGGGUAUUGGGCCUGUCCCAGCUAUCCAAAACUUGCUGGCUGUUACUAAAAUGUCGAUGAAUGAUAUUGAUUUGCUUGAGAUUAACGAAGCGUUCGCUGCGCAAACGCUAGCUUGCGUGAGGGAAAUGAACCUAGACCAAAGCAAGCUGAAUGUGAACGGUGGAGCCAUAGCCAUGGGGCAUCCUGUUGGGGCCUCCGGGGCUCGGAUUACGGCACAUCUUGUUCACGAGCUAAGACGCCGCGGUCUCAAACGAGCGAUUGGCUCAGCCUGCAUUGGUGGUGGACAGGGCAUUGCUCUGCUUGUGGAGUCCGUGUAGAAGAUUUAAUACAGUUACUGCGUUAAAUAAUAGUUUCUAUCAUACUUGGUACUAAUAUCAAAAGAUCAAGCUUUGAUUUAAAAUUAUUGUUGUCAAAAUCUGAAGACUUAAUAUAUACAUAUACAAUAUUUACAUUAUUAUUAAG